AACCUACUGCGAUUGUCUUUUAGAUAGAACAGCGUGAGUAGUAUAAGGUAUGACAUAUAACGUCUUAUUGGAAGAUCUGAUUAACGACCUAGGAGGAUGCGGACUGUAUCAGUGGAUAUUGGCAAGUAUUGUGCACGUUGGCAAGACUAUGGCGACGUGGAGCAUGAUAACUAUGACGUUUGCAGGUCAGAGUCCGGGUUUCUUGUGUGGUAGUGGUCAAUAUGGAACCAAUGAGUCACUGGCUAACAUAUAUAAUGAUAGUAUAGUUGACGUAUGUAGCAGUAAUGGAACCAGCUGUAAGAACUAUGUGUUCGAAGAUGAUAUGACGACGAUUGUUACAGAGUUUGAUCUCGUCUGUGACAAGAAAUGGAUCCCAGCAACAAUCACAACUAUACAGAUGGCUGGAGUACUUCUUGGGUGCUUAGUUUCAGGACAUCUGGCUGAUAUGAUUGGCAGGAAACCGACAUAUUUCAUUGCUAUUUUGGUUACUGUUCUGUUCAAUAUAGCUGGUUAUUUCUCACCUUCGUGGCAAGUUUACUCUGCCUUGAGAUUUCUCAUUGGUAUAGGCAUUGGUUUCUACCUUACUGUACAAUACAGUUUUACUAAUGAGUUUGCUUCUGCCAAAUGGCGGCCACCAAUAGUGACUACACCAUCCUGGGCCACUGAAGCCAGUCUUUUUGCCUUGGUAGCGUGGGGAUUACAUGAUUGGAAAAAGAUUCAUCUGGCUAUUGCUUGUGUUGGCACUCCCUUCUUAUUUACAUGGUGGAUAAUGCCAGAAAGCUUCCGCUGGUUGGUGACAAAACAACGGUUCAAAAAAGCACAGACUGUUGUCAAUUUUAUUGCGAAAGUCAACAAGGCAGAUCAGCCAUCACUUGAUAAAAUAUUUGCUGAGGCGAAAAUUAAUACCGAUAAAGACGAUACAAGAAAACAUUACUCCUUUCUGGAUUUAUUCCGGACAAGAGAGAGUACAAAGAUCACAAUUGGUUUACUGUUUGCAUGGUAACAUUUUAAAUGUACUUUACAAAAUGGUUG